AUGGCAGACAGCGCAACCACCAAACGUCAGCUGCAGAUCAAGACGGGCGUGGUGAAACGACUCGCCAAGGAAGAAUCGUCCUACCUCACCGAGGCGCAGCAACAGGAAGCGCGCAUCCAAAAGUUCGUCGACGACGGGCGGGAUGAGUACGAUGUCAAGCAGCAGCGCACGGUCCUAAGCGACACCCUCAAGAUGAUUCCCGACUGCAGGAAGCGCUUGGAGAUCGCUGCUGACGACCUGAGUAGCUACGUGGACGGUUUGGAGGACGACGCAAGCAUCACCACAACAGACGAGUUCAUCGCAGCGAAAAACAUCCUCACGGACGUUCAAGAACAGCUCUCCUCCCCGCUACCCAGCGUAUAA